AUGCAGAAAUUGUACUACUUGGACAUUCAAGAACAGUAUGCACAAAUAAAAAAAUGUACGAAAGUAAUUACAAUUAAUGGUAUAGAAAAAGUUGAUUAUGUACUUCAUUGCCAUCCACAUUGUUAUCUUAUUGGAGUUGGACAGGAGAUUAUUGGUCAUGAAAAAUUAAAAGAUUGUGCUUCUAUGAAUAAAUCAUUCGAUACUUGUAAUAAACAUGGUUGUUUGAGAAAAGAAUAUAUACAUAUAACUUAUGAAGUUCGUAAAUUUAUUACUAAUAUUGAAAUGAAUAGUAAGAAUAAAACGCAAUCUCCAAUCGAUGAAAUUAAACAACGUAUUAAAGAUUUAGAAGUAGAACAAGAAGCUAUUAUUAAAGUUUGUACUCAAUUAACACAAUUUCUUCGUGCAAAUGCACUUAAUCCAAGUGCUGGAGUUCAAAAUGAUGAUGUUAUUACUGGUUUAGAAAAAUUAUUAGUUGAUUAUAAACAUGAAAUGGAUAUUCUUCAACAGGCAAUGAAAAUAAAUUCAACAACAAUAUCCAAUAGUUCAUCUGAGUCUACUGAUGUUAUUAAACCAGAACAAAUAUUUCUUCUAGUAAGUUCUCUUUAUCGAUUACCGAUCAAUGGUGCUAAAAUUCGUGAGCAAGUCGAAGGAUUAAAAUGCAUACAGUCUAAAUUUACUCAAAAUAGAGAACAUGUUGUUCAGUUACUAGUAGAAGCCGAUUCUUCAUCAGUAAUGAUAGAUUUAAAAAAAUAG